AUGAAACUCGACAUCUACUGGACGACUCUCCUGGUCAUCCUACCGACUGUGGUACUCCUGACAGGUCGCAAUAUAAUAGCUCGGCCAUUUGCACGGAUUCGGUCGAAGUGGCAAGAGGUCGACACCGAGGAGAAGCCACCCGAGUAUGAGUCACUGCCACCGGUCGAUGACGGGGCGGACCCAGGAACCAAAAAUGGCGAUGACCUCAAAAGAUUUAGGAGGGGGUUCCUGAGCAUAUAUCUCCUCGUCAUGUCCUCCGAAUGGCUCUCCGGCCCAUACCUGUACGCACUCCUCCGCGACGACAGGGGUCUUCCGGAGCCCGUCGUAAUCGGGCUCUACGCCACCGCGUAUACGUCAGCGGCAGUCUCGGCAUUGGCAGUGGGUUUCCUCGCAGACCGAUAUGGGCGGCGUAAAGCGUGCCUGGCGCAGUGUGUGAUCCACUCCUUGGCCUGCCUGACGGUCGUGUUCGGGGGCGACUGCCUCCCUGUGCUGUUCCUCGGAAGGGUGCUGGCGGGCACGGCGCUGACGCUGCUGUGGACCGUGUUCGAGAGUUGGAUGGUGACGGAGUGGAACGCAAGAGGCCUGGGCCGGGGCGGUGCGGAGGGGGGGCUCAGCGAGAUGUUUGGUGUGAUGACCAGGACUAAUUGUAUGGCUGCCAUCGUCGGCGGACUGUUUGGACAUUGCAUGGUCUCGGCGAUGGGGUCGAAGAUGUGGCCAUUCUGGGCGGGAAUUGUUUGCGAGGGUGUCGCGGCGGUCUUGAUGCUGAGGCGAUGGAACGAGAAUUUCGGUGUGAGCCAGCAGCUCCAGGGAGACGACCGCCAGCUUGCUGAGCCUGACGAGAGUCGAACUGGACGGCUUGGGGAUGGCCGUAUCUGGGCCUUGACCUUUGUGACGUGCUGCUUCGAGGGCACGGCGUACCUUGUCAUCUUUCUUUGGCCGAGCGUCUUGCAGGGGGCGCAUGAAGCCUCGUCUGCCGAUGCUGGCCCUGCCGAGAUACCCUACGGUGUCAUCUUCGGGUCUUUCAUGGCCGCGAUGAUCAUCGGUGCGCUCGUUUUCAACGCGUCGCUGAAGUCAAUCAGGACUCCCGCUGCGCCAGUAUGGCUCCUAUUGGGUGCCAUUGCCCUGGCCUGCCUCAGCCUGUUGCUGUUGUCGGUCCUUCAGGUCGAGGUCGCGCUCUACUACGCGUUCCUGACGUUUGAGGUCGCGAAUGGUAUAUAUGUGCCCAGCAUGGCGUACAUGCGCGGUUUGGUGGUGGAUAGUAAGAGCCGCGCCGGGAUCUACGGCCUGAUGAAGAUACCGCUCUUUCUUUUUGUCAUACUCGCCCUUGGAAUCACGGCGGAGGGCAAGGGUUUCCGGUGCUUCGUGUUCGCCUCCUCGUCGAUGUCUCUUCUCUGUGCAGCCAUCGCACUACUGGUUGAAUUUCAGGGCAGUUUGCGUGAAUCAGGUGGAUGUGUCUCUCAGGGAGUGUCUGAGCACGGAGAUGUCGACGGUGGCAAUGUCGAGCCUAGAGAUGAAGUGGAUAAACAAGGCGAAGAGGGUCUGGAAAAGACGGUUGAUGUUUCUUCAUAG